AUGCCAAGUGUGUUGUCUUUUGAGCAGAUUUUGCUGCCGUUACUUUCUGCCUUCUUUUACAGAGCUUGGGAUAGACAGUUUGAGAUGGAUGUGAAGAGAAUUCGAUCUGAAUAUGACUACGUUAUAGUCGGAGCAGGCUCGGCGGGAGCGGUGCUGGCCAACAGGCUUUCAGAUGAUCAUUUAAUAAAAGUUUUACUGCUGGAAGCCGGUGGAUUACCAGAUGUGAUGACUGAGGUUCCACUUUUCGCCGGAGAGUUACAAGAGUCAAAGUAUGACUGGGGCUACUCAACAGAGCCACAGACAACAGCCUGCCUUGGCCAGGUGGACAGAAGAAGCAAAUGGCCACGUGGGAAAGGCUUAGGUGGCUCCAGUUUGAUUAACUACAUGUUAUAUGUGCGAGGUAACUCGCGUGAUUAUGACAACUGGGCCCAACAGGGGGCGUAUGGUUGGAGCUGGGAGGAUGUGUUUCCAUACUUUCUGAAGUCCGAAGACAACAGAAAUCCUGAAAUCGCUUAUAAUGGUUACCAUGGACGAGGAGGUCUUCUAACAGUCGAAACACCAAAUUAUAUAUCACCGUUAGGUCACAGUUUCGUUGAAGGUGGUAAAACCCUGGGUUACCCAAAUAUUGAUAUCAAUGGACCCGCACAAACAGGUUUUACAGUUCCCCAAGGAACUGUUAGGAACGGUGCAAGAUGCAGCACUUCUAAGGCAUUUUUACAGGAUAUUCUGAACAGGCCUAAUUUAAAGAUUUUAAUUAACGCCCAAGUGACAAAGAUUCACAUUGACAACCAUAGACGAGCACGAGCUGUACAGUUUGAUUACGAAGGGUUAUCAAGAGUAGUGUUUGCUAGGAAAGAAAUCAUUCUAGCAGCUGGGUCUAUUAACACUCCUCAGCUCCUCAUGCUGUCUGGCAUUGGACCUCGCAAACAUCUCGAGAGCUUUGGUUUACCCGUGAUUGCUGAUUUGCCGGUUGGAUUAAACCUCCAGGACCACGUGGGAUCAGCAGGGGCCCAUUUCUUAAUCGACAAGCCUUACUCGGUUAUACUUCCUCGUUAUAAAAAUUCAGGUCUGAUUCACGAUUUUUUGCUUAAAGGUGAAGGACCUUACACCAUCUUAGGGGGCUGUGAAGGUUUAGGAUUUAUAAAGACAAAGUACACCAACAGUAGUGAAGACUUUCCUGAUGCUGAAAUUCACUUUAUCUCCAGCUCUCCAUCCUCUGAUGGUGGAAGAACUAUUCGAAAAGUGCAAGGUAUUGGUCCGGAGUUAUGGAAACAGGUGUAUGAACCCUACUUGUAUAGAGACUCCUUCUCCAUGUAUCCGGUGUUACUGAGACCGAAAAGUCGUGGUUACGUCAAGUUACGAUCCACAGAUCCAUACAAUCCACCAAUUAUUGAUCCUCAUUAUUUGACCCACCCAGACGAUAUACAAACACUUAGAGAAGCCUUGAAGAUCAGUAUUAAGGUGGGUUUGUCUGAACCAUUCAAAGCCUUUAACACAACCCUAUUUGAGCCUUCUUUCCCAGGCUGUGAGAAACAUCAGAUGUGGGGGGAUGACUAUCUAGAAUGUGUGGCUCGUACCUACUCGGUCACCAUUUAUCACCCUGUGGGGACUUGUAAGAUGGGAGACCCCUCCGAUCCAACGACAGUUGUGGACUCUAAGUUACGGGUGAAAGGAAUAAAGAAUCUAAGGGUUGCGGACGCUUCCAUUAUGCCAACCAUUGUUUCUGGUAAUACCAACGCGCCCGUGAUUAUGAUUGGCGAGAAAGCUGCAGAUAUAAUAAGAGGAAUUAAGCCAAAUGAACUCAGAGAUAACAAGUAAUGAAGCAAUUAAUUUAAUUAGCAUUGUAUUUCACAAGUCAACAUCAUUGGUUUAUUAAUCCGAAAGGAAACAAGAAACAAG